GGGCGGGGCAAGACGACGAUUGGGCAGCGACCAGAGUCAAUCUCGGUCUACUGUCUCCACCCCUUCAGGAUGUGAUUGGCUCGUUCCCAGCAGGAAGUCUGCUUUGCAAUUGGUCUAAACGCGGAGUGGGCGGGACGAGGAGUGCGUGACUCCUUGUCCCCUGUCCAAGAUGGCUGCGUCCAUAGCGCGGCGCUUGUGGCCUUUGGUGGCCGGGCGGGGCCUCCGGCCCCGGGGAGGCUGCGUCUGCAGUCAGAGCCCAAGGAGAAGUUUCGCUACGGAGAGACGAGACCGCAACCUCCUGUACGAACACGCGCGCGAGGGCUACAGCGCGCUCCCUCAGGUGGACAUGGAGCUGCUAUGCGCAUGCCCGGAAGAGGCCGCGCGCGCCCUGGAGCUCCGCAAGGGGGACCUGCGGCCGGAAGAUCUGCCCGCGAUCAUCUCGACGUGGCAGGAGCUGAGGCAGCUGCGGGAGCAGAUCCGGAGCCUGGAGGAGGAGAAGGGGGCGGUGGCUGAGGCGGUGCGCGCCCUGCUGGUGAACCAGGACAACAGUCAAGUGCAGCAGGACCCCCACUAUCAGGGUCUGCGGGCACGUGGCCGGGAGAUCCGGAAGCAGCUCGUGCUGCUGUACCCCAAGGAGGCCCAGCUGGAGAAGCAGUUCUACCUGUGGGCGCUGAGGCUGCCCAACCAGACCCACCCGGACGUGCCCGUCGGGGACGAGAGCCAGGCCCGAGUGCUCCACGUGGUCGGGGACAAGCCAGCCUUCUCCUUCCGACCCCGGGGCCACCUGGAAAUCGCCGAGCAGCUCGACAUCAUCCGGCAGAAGCGUCUGUCCCACGUGUCCGGCCACCGCUCCUAUUACCUGCGCGGGGCUGGGGCCCUCCUGCAGCACGGCUUGGUCAACUUCACACUCAACAAGCUCGUCCGCAGGGGCUUCACCCCCAUGACGGUGCCAGACCUCCUCCGAGGAGCCGUGUUUGAAGGCUGUGGGAUGACGCCAAAUGCCAACCCAUCCCAAAUUUACAACAUAGACCCCUCCCGCUUUGAAGACCUCAACCUGGCCGGGACAGCAGAGGUGGGGCUUGCCGGCUAUUUCAUGGACCACUCCGUGGCCUUCAGGGACCUGCCCAUCAGGAUGGUCUGUUCCAGUACCUGCUACCGGGCGGAAACGCACACGGGGAAGGAGCCGUGGGGGCUGUAUCGAGUGCACCACUUCACCAAGGUGGAGAUGUUUGGGGUGACGGGCCCCGGGCUGGAGCAGAGCUCGCAGCUGCUGGAGGAGUUCCUGUCCCUUCAGAUGGAGAUCUUGACCGAGCUGGGCUUGCACUUCCGGGUCCUGGACAUGCCUACCCAGGAACUGGGCCUCCCCGCCUACCGCAAGUUCGACAUCGAGGCCUGGAUGCCAGGCCGCGGCCGCUUUGGCGAGGUCACCAGUGCUUCCAACUGCACGGACUUCCAGAGUCGCCGGCUUCACAUCAUGUUCCAGACAGAGGAGGCCGGGGAGUUGCAGUUCGCCCACACAGUGAACGCCACGGCCUGUGCUGUCCCUCGUCUCCUCAUUGCCCUCCUGGAGAGCAAUCAGCAGGAGGAUGGCUCGGUCCUGGUGCCCCCUGCCCUCCAGCCCUACCUUGGCACCGAUCGGAUCACGGCGCCCACCCACGUGCCCCUCCGGUACAUCGGCCCCAACCAGCCCCAGAAGCCCAGGCUCCCGCCCAGCCCGCCUUGAGCUGAGAACUCGUCCUCAUCAGCCAGCAGUGUUGUCACUGCUUCCUGGAGCUCAGGGGGCCCUGGACACCUGGAACCCGUGUUCCUAACGUCUGCAUUCCUCCUGUCAGCUCCGCGCCUGGACCCUGGACUCCAGGGUUCACCUGUCCCACUUACCUACUUCCUUGGAGUCAGUCAGGGACCCUGUUGUCAUGGGGGCCCCAACUCACACUGGCAAGCAGGACAUCUGGGGACUUGAAGGUUCUAGGGAUGGGGAGGGAGAGGGAGAGGCCUCCAUCCUUCUUCCGCUUCCGUCCCUCAGUGCGUAGCAGCAAGUCCCCAAUAAACGGUCAGAACAAAGG